AUGAACCCCAGUGGAAAGCCUUCCACCACCCAGCCCAGCCAUGCUUGGAUCAGUCAUACUCAGGAUUAUGGGCAGUACCAAGAGCAAGGCAGGCCUAGCCUCAAUGACCAUGAAGUACUGACCAAAAAGAACCACGUCAACAGCUCGAAUACUGAGCGUGACUCAAAUCAUCUGUACUACAUUUCCAAAAUCUAUGGCAAGGACUUGUGGGUAAACGCUGAGCAGAUGGAAAAAGGAAGAGUUCAUGGAGUCCUUUCCAACAGCAACAGACAAGCUUUGACAGUGAACUUGUCCUUUGCGUUUCCUUACUAUGGACAUUUCCUCAGAGAGAUCACAGUCACAACCGGUGGUUUCCUUUACACCGGAGACGUGAUUCACAAAAUGCUGACCGCCACUCAGUACAUCGCUCCACUCAUGGCCAACUUUGACCCGAGUAUCUCCCCACACUCCACGGUCGUUUACUCUGAUAACGGUACAGCUUUUGUCGUGCAGUGGAACCACGUUUACCUCCAAGAUGAAGCACAUUUGGGGAGCUUCAGCUUUCAGGCCACUCUGCACAGUGACGGCAGGAUCACUUUCGCUUACAAGGAGAUUCCUGUCGACAUCAGUGAAAUCAGAUCAGAAAACCACCCUGUGAAAGUCGGUCUCUCCGAUGCAUUUGUGGUUCUUCAUAACAUUCAGCACAAUCCAGGUAUCAGAAGGAGAACGAUAUACGAGUACCAUCGGGUUGAGCUCCAAAAAUCCAGAAUUCACAACUCCACAGUUGUUGAACUUCUGCCUCUGCCAACCUGCCUCCAGUUCUCCAGCUGUGACAGCUGUGUAACAGCUCACAUCAGCUUUAACUGCAACUGGUGCAACCGCCUACAAAGAUGUUCCAGUGGCUUUGACCGAAAUCGCCAGGACUGGGUCGACAGCGGCUGUUUGGAUGACGUAAAAAACCAGAGCUGUGCUCAGACAGCAAACAGAACCCAGCUACUCAGAGUAAGCGAGUCCCCUCCUAUACACAGGACAGCAGAUUCUACAACCACAGCCCAGCCUGGGAGUAAAAACACCACUGAAUCAACCACAGAUCCUGUCCACUCCACCAUCCUAACCCUUAACCAACAAGCCGAGAGGCAGGAAGAACAUAGUGAGAAGUUACAGACGGGUCUGCUUGUGGGAAUCAUCCUACUUGUGCUCCUCUUGGUUGGUGCAGUGCUGGCAACCAUCUACAUGUACCACCAUCCCACCUCUAGUGCCAGUCUGUUCUUUAUCGAGAGACGACCGUCGCACUGGCCUGCGAUGAAGUUUCGACGAGGUUCAGGACACCCCUCCUACGCUGAAGUGGACGUCCUGGGACAAGACAGGGAAGGGUUUAUUGAAAUGGAGUCUAAAGACAGCUUCUUUGCCGCGGAUAGACGGGAAAGCUUAUACACAACGGACCAGAGGGAUGGUUUCAUAGUGCCCGAUCAAAAAGAACGAUUCAUAGUGGUGGAGCAUUGCAGCAUUUUUACUCAGAUCUCUCCGAAAUCUCUGAGACGGAAUCACACCUCAGAAGAGUGA